AUGGCAGUCAACGAGAUGGAUCAUGACUCGGCUUCGGCCUCUGCAUCAACCACCCAAGGCUUCGAGCAUUCCGGCCCUGGUCAAUUGCUCCUCCAGCACCGACUUAGCCAACUCCGUAACAGUGCCGCUCUCUCUGCCAACAGUAACUCAUCUACAGCCCGUGCCAUCGCUCCUUCAAGCUCGCCCUUCAAGGAUAUUGCCAAUACUCUCCUUAUUUCAGCCAACCGUGUCUCGGAUGCCCAGUCUCAUUCGUCUUCAUCUUGGAAGUCGUCUAUCACCGCACGAACCAAUUCCAAUGAUAACGAAGAUGACCUUCAGCCAACUCCCGAACAACAAGAAUACUUCCGCCAGCAACUGCUGAAGCAUCAACAGCAGGUGCAACAGCAGCGAUUUCAGCAACAGCUCCUCCUCAAUGCUCAGUUGCAGGCCCAGCAGCAGUUGCAACAGCAACAACAGCAACAGCUGCAGCAACAGUCAUCCGAGCAAGAACAACGGACUUCACAGACCCCGACCAAGACUUCCACAUCGACAAAGAACGACACUGACCUCUUCCAUGAUUGCGAUAUGGCCAUGGUCUCUCCUGUCACAACCAACCCCGAUGCCGACCCCACUACUUCGAAGCCCGCCGCCUCGUCGUCUACCUCCGCACAAAAGACCGGCAAGGCCACCAAGCCCAAAAAGCAGAGCACGCGCCCACCUAGGUCGCUCGAGUGCUUCAACUGCAAGGUCACUCAAACCCCUCUCUGGCGCCGAACAUUGGAUCGCAAGCACUCCCUCUGUAACGCCUGCGGUCUCUACUACAAGCAAUACAACGGCCAUCGUCCCCUCCAUGCUCGCCACAAGCCCUCCUUGAGCCAAGGACAGCAACGCGAAUCUGCUUCGCCCUACAGCUCUCCAUCGACAGCCUCGAGCCCUUCCAGAGUCGUCCCCUUGGCUCCCAAGAAGGACAUUGUCUCCAUGCCCAGCUCCCCUGCCACCGUCAUGUCGUCUCCUCGAUCCAUCACAAGUGACCUCGACUCUGACAUUGCUGAGUCUGGUGCUUCGCACUCUGCCAGCCCUGUCCUUCAGUCGUCCAUGCCUUCUCCCUCUGAGAGCAGCCACAGUGACGAUGCCGAGAACGACUCGACUGCCAGCUCAAGCGAUAUUGCCUCUCGAAGCCCACCUGUCUCCCCUGCCUUCCAGCACCACCGUAAGACUUCCUCUGUCGAGCAUCAGCAGCCUGCCCAGAUGGAGAUGGUGGACUGGUCCCAGUCAGCCUUCCCUUGGAUGCAGUCCAUGAGCAGUCCUUUCAUGCUCAUGACUCCUGCCUCCUCUCAGGAUAUGUCAUUGACUGGUCCCAACCCCUUCUUCUCGGGCGAUCUUUCAGCUAUGACUUCGGCUACUACGUCGCCUAUGAUGACUGGCGAGGUUGGCAACACAUUCUCGCUCAACAGCUCGGUCUGCUCGCCUUUGACCAUGCCCGAUGAAUCGCCUUUGGGCCCCAUUGCUGCAUACUCGCUACCUCCCACUGCCUUGAACGCCGCAAAGACACCCGCGCAAUUGCUUCAGGCAACUCCCGCCUCGAUGAUGGGCCAGUCUACUCCCAUCGCCACCGCCGCUGCUGCCUCUCAGUCCAAGUCGCUCAUCUUUGACGAUGCUCGUUUCCAAGUGUUGGUUGAGCACAUGCGACCCGGACAGAUGUACAAGUUCCUCAACAUCCUCGAGAAGCGCUGCCACGUCCUCCGCUACCGUCUGGGUAUGCCUCCAACCCAAGCUUCGACUUUGGACCACGAGCAGCAGUUGUUGAACUUGUUGCAGCCUCAGCGCCCUGCUGAAAGCCACUCCACCACUGCCACCGCCACCAUGUCCUCGGAGUCUGCUAACGCUUCUGUCCAUAAGCAAUUGCUGCAAUCCGCUGACCUCAUUGCGAUGUUCCUCCAGACGACCGAGGCUAGCAACGCCUUCAUGGGCCGCAGCAUGGAUGUCGACAACCACCGUGAGUCGAACACCCAUCAGCAGGACGGGUCCAACGUGGACUCGCAGUUCUCAGCCCUUGCUCUUCUGAAUCGUGUUGCUGGUGACGCCAACAUGAUGAGCAACAACGACGCGAUGGAUGCCAACAAGCUGUGGUCGGCGACUCGGCCUUCGAUCGCAGUGUACGCCAACGAGUAA